AUGUUUGCCCGAAGCUGUGCUCGUCUGGCUACCUCGCGGACUGCUGUCCCUUUGAGCUCCUAUCUCUCCCGCGUGCGACCGUACUCGACCGGGAGCUAUGAGCACAUCCUCACAUCUACCCCGAAGCCAGGCGUGGGUUUAAUCACCAUCAAUCGACCUAAGGCCCUGAAUGCCCUCUGCAGCCCUCUAUUUGUCGAGCUUAAUGAGGCAUUGAGCAAGUACGAUAACGAUAAGGAGAUUGGUGCUAUCAUCAUCACCGGGAGCGAGAAGGCGUUUGCAGCCGGCGCCGACAUCAAAGAAAUGGCCCCCCUCAGCUUCGCCGCCGCCUACAACGACAACUUCAUCGCCCCCUGGUCGCACCUUGCGAACACAAUCCGAAAGCCCGUCAUCGCCGCCGUCGCCGGUCACGCGCUCGGUGGAGGCUGCGAACUUGCCCUGAUGUGCGACAUACUCUACUGCACCGCGAACGCGAACUUCGGCCAGCCGGAGAUCAAGCUCGGCACGAUCCCCGGCGGAGGCGGCUCGCAGCGUCUGACUCGGCUGAUCGGCAAGAGCAAGGCGAUGGAGUUGAUUCUCACGGGUAAGAACUUCAGCGGCAAGGAUGCUGGGGAGUGGGGUGUUGCGGCGCAGGUGGUAGAUGGUGGGAAGGACGAGGUGCUCGAGGUUGCUUUGAAGACGGCGGAGACUAUUGCCGGAUAUUCACGGGUUGCGACGGUUGCGGCCAAGGAGGUUGUCAAUAAGAGCCAGGAGCUGUCCUUGAAGGAAGGGGUGGAUUACGAGAGGCGGCUUUUCCAUGCUUUGUUUGGGAGCAAGGAUCAGACAAUUGGUAUGACUGCUUUCGCAGAGAAGAAGAAGCCCGAGUGGUCGAACGAGUAA